ACAUGAGACAGUCCAGAGGGAUGUUAAAUGUACUGGAGAAAUGAGAUUACAUACAUGAUUUUAUUAUAACAUAAUUUUAUUUGCAUAUCAUAAAGUCAGCUCAUCAAAGUGAUUCGAAAGAGCCCGUAAAAGUGAAGUUAAAUAGAUCAGUAAGCUCUCAGGUGAGACGCAAUACAGCCCCUACACAAAGCGUGAUCUUCAUUUAGAGUGGUUGUGUGUUGAUGCUUGAGUUACACGGCAGAAAAGAGGGGCUGCAUGAGUGAAUUCGUGUCUCCCCAGAGGGUGGAGGCUUUCUGCAAAAGCUUGCAGGUUUCCCCUCAUCUUCUGUUGUCCCUGCGUCAAAUGAUGCGCAGGCGCCUUCACUAUAAAAGCACCUGUCCUGGCCAGACAUCACUCGCAUCUCACUUACUUUCUCUCACACACUCACCCUCACACACUCCUGAACUCCACACACUCUCUCUCCGUUACAGAGCAGUCGGGCCGGACACCAGCACGGUAAAGGAACAUGAGUUAUUCCGGCGACAUUUACAGCAGCAGCUCCUAUCGGAGGAUCUUCGGAGAUGCUCCCCGGUCCGGUCGCUUUGGACUGGGCAGCAGCAGCAGCCCGUCCCGCCUGCAGUCUACGGGAUUCCGCAGCAGCCACCGCACCUAUGGUUCCCCCUCCGGCGUCUCCUCCACCACCUACCGCAGGAGCGCGGCUGCGCCCGGCCGCGGCUUGUCCUCCAUGCCGGACUCCAUGAUGGACCUGACCCAGUCCACCGCGGUCACCAACGAGCUGAAGAUCAUCCGCACCAACGAGAAAGAGCAGCUGCAGGGCCUCAACGACCGCUUCGUGUCCUUCAUUGAGAAGGUUCACAACCUGGAGCAGCAGAACAAAGUCCUGGAGGCGGAGGUCACUCUGCUGCGCCAGCGCCACAACGAGCCCUCUCGCCUGCACGAGCUGUAUGAGCAGGAGAUCCGCGAGCUGCGGGCGCGCGUGGAAGAGCUGACGCACGAGAAGAGCCAGAUGCACCUUGACUGCGUGCAGAUGAACGACACGCUGGAGCGCGUGCGGGAGAAGCUGGAUGAGGAGAGCAAGCUGCGCGAGGAGGCUGAGAACACCCUGAAGGGCUACCGGAAGGACGUGGACGACGCCACCCUGGCGCGCCUGGAGCUGGAGAAGAAAGUUGAGUCACUGCUGGAUGAGAUCGCCUUCCUCAGGAAAGUUCAUGAGGAGGAGCUGCAGGAGCUUCAGGCGUCACUGCAGGCCACACAGGUGUCAGUGGAGAUGGACAUGACCAAACCGGACCUGGCUGCUGCCCUCAAGGACAUCAGGGCCCAGUAUGAGAACCUGUCAUGCAGGAACCAGGCCCAGGCAGAGGAGUGGUACCGUUCCAAGUUUGCCACCGUGACCGAGACGGCUGCCCGCAACCAGGACGCCAUCAAGCAGUCCAAGGAGGAGCUGAGUGAGUACCGCAGGCAGGUGCAGGCCCGCACUCUGGAGAUUGAGGCCCUCAAGGGCCACAACGAGGCCCUGGAGAGGCAGAUUGCUGAGAUGGAGGAUCACCAUAACAAUGAAAUUGGAGAGAUGCAGGAUACCAUUCAGCAGCUGGAGGCUGCCCUGCGCAGCACCAAGGGAGAAAUGUCCCGUCACCUGCGUGAAUAUCAGGACCUGCUGAACGUCAAGAUGGCGCUGGACAUUGAGAUUGCUGCCUAUAGGAAGCUGCUGGAAGGCGAGGAGUGUCGCCUCAGCUCCGUGGGCGGCGCCAUGGUCCAGUCCGGCUACCCCGGUUUCUCCUACAUGUCAGCCCGCAGCUACACCCUUGGAGCCUACAGGAAGUCCAGCUCCAAGCCGGAGGAGGAGGAAGAGGAGGUGGAAGAAGAGGAAAAGGAGGAAGAGGGGGAGGGAGAGGAGAAUGAGGAGGCCGGAGAGGAGGGAGAGGAGGGAGAAGAGGCAGAAGAGGGAGAAGAGGGAGAAGAAGGAGACGACCAGGAGGAAGGCGAGGGUGAGGGAGAGGAGGAGGAAGAAGAAGAGGAGGAAGAGGAGAAGCCGAAAGAGAAGGAUGAGAAGGAGAAGAAGAAGGAGAGUCCCAACGGGAAGCCCAGCAAGAGCUAAACUGCUUGUGUCACCAUCAGUAUCAUCAUUGUCAUCAAUACUCAUCACAUCAAUCACAUACUGUAUAUGGAUCAGGUUCCUGUUCACAUCUUCUGUCACACACACACACAUGAAUCUGCACACUCCAGAUGCCUCACGCCUGUGUUGUUCUGUCUCUGUUUACUCUGUAACUCAGAAGUGAUUAGUUCAAAGUAAACUUGAUUAGAUGGAGGAGGAGCUUCAGACAGGAGUAGAUGUAUUAGCAGAAGAGUUUUACCCAUUUACACACUCUGCCAUCAUGUCAUCAUGAUUUUACAUCACAUAAAUGCAGAGUUUCAUCAGUUUGACACGGGGGAUGAUAUUUUUCCUCAUAUGAGCAACAGCAAAUGUGCCAUUAAAUAUCAAUAUCUACAACAAGAGCAAUCAAAACCUUGAAAGUAACAAUUUUGUCAGCACACAGACUUUAAGAUAAACGCACAGCUCAGCACGAGCACGAGAAGCAGCCAGUCCAACUUUUACGGUGCUAUUUGAUUUUUACAUAUAAAAGUUGGAGAGUACUGUAAGUAAAGAAUGUAUCAUAGGACGAAGCUGUACCAGCUCAUUCCUGAAUGACAGCUUGUUACACAGGGAAGUUUAAAUGGAUUAAAUGCUUCUAUUUUAACAAUAAGUCCAACCCCGCAUUCCCCACAGCAGAUGAAUGCUUUUCACUUUCCUCUUUUAUUCCACUUCACUUGGUCUCUUCAUCCCAUCCCACCACGACAAAAUGAAAUGUACACAUUCACCACCAACGAUUCAAGCCCUUUCCCAUUCUUUCUCAGUCACUGCAGUGUCGCAGCACGGCAAUAAUGGCAACUUGGAGCUCUGAAAAACUGUAUAUAGAAAUGUGUUGGGAGGAUGGGUUGUGUUUUCAGUUCCUGGAGAGGAGAAAUGGGUUAUGCGGCAGCUUCUCUGCGGGGAAGUGCAUCUUUGGGAAUGAAAAAUAUAGAGUUUAAAUUGCUGCUAUAUAUUAUUUUUUUGGGAAUAUGAAUUAUCCCCCCUUUGAUUGAUUCAUUUGUCAAUGAGUUUGUCAGACAUGUCACCUGUCAGAGUUUGAUAUUUAUCUGGAAGUCUGCUUCCUUCCUUACUUUCUUUCACUUUGUUUUUUAGAGAAAACCAACCUUGCUUUUUCCUUUUUCCCCUCACACAAAUGUGGUGGUGCUUUUGUUUAAUUUAGCUGGAAACAGGAAACACGGUGAAGGUGAGCGUGGCUGUCAGUGUCAGGCAGCUGAUGGUGACACCGACAGCCCUCCACUCAGACUGCAAGUGGCAGGUGGGGCAGAUGCCACUGCUGUCCUGGUUAUAUGGUGUUGCAUAUAAGGGCUAUUUUCACCAUAACCCCCUCUAUCGCUUUGCCCUGAAACAUUAGUAUCACUGUUGCUCAUCAUUUUACCCCCCCGUGCUUUUUUUUUCUUUUUGACAAAUGAAUGAACCAACGGGCAUGAAUGCAUGGCCUGACUCUCAGAGCUUGAAUAUCUGCAGAUGGGAUAGAUUUUCGCUUGUUGUGUGUUCAAUUAAAAACUUGCCUUAACCAUAACUGAAAAAAACAAACAAACAUGUUUUCACCUGCAUCUCACUUGUUUCUGGGGAGGCUAAGGAGUGCUGACACUUUCCAGACCGUUCUGCUAAACAACUGUGACUGUACGGGCUGCUAUCUCAUGCAGUGAUA